GCGGGGCAGGGCCGGGCCGGGCUGCGCGUUGCCGGCCGCUCGGGCUGCUCGGGCCCGCCGCUUUCCGAGGAGCCCGCCACUCUCCCGAAGCUCUGCGCCGUGGCAGGCGCCGCCGGAGCGCUGGCCAUGAGGACCCUGUGGCUGGCGCUGUGCGCGCUAGCGCGGCUGUGGCCGGGGACUCUGGCCGGCUGCGCCGAGGCGGGGCGCUGCUGCCCGGGCCGGGACACCGCCUGCUUCGUGCGCGGCUGGAGGUUGGACAGGGUUUACGGGACGUGCUUCUGCGACCAAGCCUGCCGCCUCACGGGGGACUGCUGCUUCGACUACGCCAGGGCAUGCCCAGCUCGCCCGUGCAUCGUGGGGGAGUGGAGCCCCUGGAGCGGCUGCGCCGACCAGUGCAAGCCCGCGGCCCGCGUGCGGAGGCGCCAGGUGCAGCAGGAGCCCCGGAACGGCGGCGCGCCCUGCCCGCCCCUGGAGGAGAGAGCCGGCUGCCUGGACUACUCGACGCCCCAGGGCCAGGGCUGCGGGCACUCCUUCGUCCCUGCCUUUAUAACUACCUCUGCGUUCAACAAGGAGAGAACAAGACAAGCCGCGUCUCCACGGUGGUCUGCAGACACAGAGGACACUGGAUACUGUAUGGAGUUCAAGACGGAGUCCCUGACUCCGCACUGCGCUCUGGAAAACCGCCCCCUGACUCGAUGGAUGCAGUAUCUCCGAGAGGGGUACACGGUGUGCGUCGAUUGUCAGCCCCCAGCCAUGAACUCUGUGAGCCUUCGCUGUUCCGGAGAUGGCCUGGACUCAGAUGGAAAUCAGACUCUCCAUUGGCAAGCCAUCGGCAAUCCUCGAUGUCAAGGAACCUGGAAAAAAGUUCGGCGAGUGGAUCAGUGCUCUUGUCCAGCUGUUCACAGUUUUAUUUUUAUAUAGAUUGGGAUGUAAAUAGUUCAGAAUGUGUUUGUAAACAUGCUAAACCUUACCAUGUCAUGUUCAGUGCUUCAUAAAACUUCAAAAACCAUUUGGCCUAAGUCCCUGAACACAUGUCAUUGCCACAUUCUGAAGCAGAGAAAGAAAAUGCAUGGCCAGUUCUCCAGAUACCCAGUACCUUUGUUUUUACUACCUUGAGGACACGCCCCAAAGGUUCCUGUGGUUUUUGUGUCCUUGGCCUUCUACAGAGUCCUCUCAUUCUAAGGUCGCCCACAUUACACAGAAUGGACGUCUGUUUGCAAUGAAAUUACAACAAUAUGGCCCGUUUUCUGGUGAGUAGUUGUCAUUCAAGGGCACCCGUGUUUUGAAUCUUGCAUUCCUUCUUUCUGUUCUGUAAUCUCUUAAAAACUUCUCGCUUUAAAAAAUGUAUACAGAUAUCUGUAUACUCUCACACACACAUUUCCCAUAUAUUAUUCCAUAAAUUGUCAAAUAAUAAUUUGAAGAAAGCAGUCACACAUAAUUUUCCACAGGACAAGUUAAGAUUUAGUAAGCGUUUUAUAAUGAAAAACCAACAGCUGUGUUAAAAAUACUUUUUUGAAGAAGAAAUUUUUUUUGGUUAAUUGACAAGACCUAACAGAUGUGCAUUCUAGGUCAAUACAAAUUCCUUCAAUGCUAUGAUUUUCAUGAAGAGAAUUCUGGCAGUGGUGAAUGAAACAAAGCUUUCAUUUUGCAGAUUUUGCCAUCAUUAGCACCUAAGAUUGUUUCCAAGGCUUACAACUUGAAGCUAAAAUAAUCUUUCAGAUUUAAGUUUAAACUAAACUUUUUUCUUUUUUUUUUUUUUACUUACUACUUUUUUUCUACAGCAUAUUUUCUUCUGUUUGGGUGGCAGGCAGUUAUAAAUUAUGGAAAACGUGGAUUUUAUUACAAAUGUGAUGAACACACACACACACACAGAAGUAUUCGUCCUCUAUUUUAUGAUUGGAAAACCAGUGAGCCAGAGACAAAGUGGCUUACGGAUGGGUUACUCUGCGGGUCAGCCACAGAGCCCGCUCUCAGUUUCUCAUCUGGGAUUCAGCUUCGAUGAAAAGCCUGGCUAUGAAAAGCCAAGCCCUUUUCAAUUCUGAAACAAAUUUUAAAUUUAGGACAUUUUCUUUGGAGAACUGCUGUUUAAAAUUUAAACUCCUUCGGGUUCAUUGUAUAAAGUAUUAUUCACUAACAAAUGAUUUACUAAAAUACAUAUUUCUUGGUACUUCCAUGUAAUGACAAGAAUGACAAUAGCAAACUUAAUAGGCCUGAAAAAGUCCCUAAUAUUUAAUGCUGAGAGCAGCAGUAUUUCUCACAAUAUAUUCAUUUAACUGUCAGAGUUGUUUUCAUGGUAAAUUCUUCAGAGAUGAGUAAUAAAAAAUUUGAGUCUCCUUGAGGUUAGGACCUUAAACUCUAAGUUCAGUAUUAACAUUUUAAGACCAUUUCUAACAUUUGUAAAGCAAGAUUUUUGAAGAUAAUUUUAAUGUUGCAUAAAACUUUUAUACCAAUUAAUAAACUCUCUGUUCACAUUU